AAUUUCUUUAAUUCGUUCUGCAGCCCGUAAAACGCAUAAGCUAACUAAUAAACAAUUAAAGUUAGCUAUUCAAAGUCGACUUAUGGAAAAUAAAAAACAGUAUAGUGCUAAAGCUGUUUCUAUGGCCACGCAAAUUUGUGGAAUUGGAGAAAUGUCGUAUCGAUCUGCGAUAGCUUGUACAAAAAAAGUAAUCGAAUGGUUAAUAGAUGAAGAGCCCGACAAAUGGUUUUCUGUCAGUACACUUGUCGGGUGGCAUCAAGACAUAUCAGAUAUUCAUCUAAUUCAACAGUGCUCUAUUGUUGAAAAUUCUAAAUGGUUUACUUUUGGAAUUAUGGCAGACGAAUCAACACGUGGAGAUAACAAGGUUUUCGUCAUAUGUUUUAUGUAUUGGGAUCUCAUUACUAACGAACCAAAAGUCACCUUGUUAGAACUUGAAGAUUUAGCUCAAUGUUCUGGAAUUUCAGUUGCCCGUACUGUUAUUGAUUCUU